AUUCAUUCCCCGCUAUCCUAAAAAAAGUAGUUGCGCUGAAAUUUAUUCUUACAUACAUACUAUUCGCGCUUGCGCUGCAUAAUCUUCCCGUUACCAAGAACAUUGAACGAACAAUAAAAUUCACAACUCUUCUCGCGCUAUCUCCACGUCUACUGGAGAACUUUUCUUCUUUUCUACUCAGCUUCUAAUGAAGCUGCGGUAGUAAUUGUAGUGCUCUAGAGAUAGUGAGAGGAUCUCUAGAAGCCAACCACUUCGACAAAUCCCCAAAUCCUAUCUACCUAUCUAUUCCCAUCAAGGCUGAGUCCAAGUUCUGUCAGCCAUGUUAGUUACAAAGAACGUCGCAGAACUUUGUGUUCUGCUAAUCAGCGAGCUCUAUGGCCAGCUCCCGUCGCGCAUAUUCGCAGACCUUCUCGCACGAGGCAGAUCUACUGUCGCACAAUUAGCGCAACACACAUCCGUAAACCAACGACAGGUGCGCCAUGGAGUCGCCGUACUCAUCCAGUUGAAUCUCAUCUUCCACCUUACCGACCAAGACACCGGUAUCACUCACUACGAAGCAAACCACCAUGCCGCAUACAACCUCGUCCGAAUGGGAAAGGUAUUGGAUAUGGUACGCACCAAAUACGGACACCAUGCGCAUUACCUCGUACACGAAGUUCUUAUACACGGCCAUGCGAAGAUCUCAGAUCUCGUCGAAGCGUUCAAGAACAAACACAACACUCGCAACGGGAGUCUCAACGGAACGCUGCAAAACGGCCAUAAUCAUGUCAAUGGCCAUAGUAAUGGCAUCGCCAAUGGUUCAGAUAAAGUAAAAUCGGAGGAUGAUGCUGAUGAUUGGGAUGACCAAGUGUAUGACACACUCGCGCAGCUGAUCGCCACUGGUAUCCUUGAGCCAGUUAUGCCGACAACGUAUCAGUCCCCACAGGAUCUAAGGAGCUCAGUUGAGCAAGCAUACCUAGCAGACUUCCCUACCGGCAUUCGAGGGUCCAAGCAAACUGCCGAAUUUGAGAAGAGCGUAAGAGAGAGGCUGAAGGACAUCCAAAAGAAAAACACAUAUCUGAAGAGAAGGCUCGAAGAGGAGAUUGCGCUCGGUCCUAGCACGAAGCGCCGGAAGUUAACAAACGGUGCCAUGUCAAAUUCACAUGUCGGCGACGGGGCUAGAAAUAUCGUCGCGCAACAAUUUGACACUGCUCUUCGAGUGAACUACGACAAAUGCACGGUCGAGCUUCGCAAUCUGAAGCUCGAGCGGUACGUAGAGGAUCUGGUCGGCGACACCACGGCAAAGGUGUACGCAACAUUACUUGCGGUACUGAGCAAGAAAGUCUCUCGUUGUCAAGUUGAUCGAUCAAUAGAAGUUGAAGACGAUAAUGAUGCCGCCGCAGAACCUCGCGUUACCAGUCAGGAGAUCUUCGAGCAAUUGAAUCCUUCUAUUGAUUUAUCUGCUGGUGUUGGGAAGCUACACGGCGAGGGAACCAUCGACAUUAAAUAUGCGGAGAAGCUUCGACGAUAUCCCCCGCAACUCAAAGGCUCGACUCUCAAGGAGACGCUAGAGGAAGACGAAGAAAUCAUAGGGUCAGAUGACGAAGACUAUGACCACAGCGGCGAGGCAGCGGACCACUUUGGACUCCACGGACAAAAUGGAACGAAUGGCGUGGAGGUACAAGAGGAUGAUGGUGUCCCAGUCGGCUCGCGGCGGUUACAUGAGAUGCGCCAACAUCUCCUUAUAUUGGCCGAGAGCUCACAGGGAUUCGUACGUCAUUGUGGUGGGAACGAUUUCGGCGAGUGGACAGUCGAUUUUGAACCGCUAAUACAACAUCUAAAAUUCCUCGAGCUUGAUACGAUUAUCGAGAACCGUUUUGGUCGCCAGGGUCUGCGUCUCACUCGGAUUCUUAGAGAGAAGGGAAAGAUCGACGACAAGACGUUGCCUGGUUUGGCCCUUAUGAAGAAGCCGGACGUACAUGUCAAGAUGGCAGAAAUGGAGAUGGCAGGGUUCCUUGACGUACAAGAAGUACCUCGGGACAACAAUCGAGCUGCUGCUCGGACGAUUUUCUUCUGGUUCUUCGACCUCGACAGAACAUUGCAGCGAAUAUUGGAUAAUACCUAUAAGUCCAUGGUACGCUGCUUUCAACGACUAGAAGUUGAGCGUCAAAAGAAGAAGGGUGUGCUUGAGAUGGCCGAGCGCAAAGACGUACAAGGCGUGGAGGAGGAUAGACUCAGGGGCGACGUAUAUAACGACUACAUCCAGUUACUCGACAUCGAGAAGAAGCUCCUCGGCCAAGUGGCGAAACUCGACGACAUUGUAUCCGUCUUUAGGGAUUUCUAAAUUUCAUUCUCCCAUAUGAUACCAGGAUUGGGGGGGAAAUGUUGCAUUUGCAUUGGCGGCGUUGGUUCACGGAAGUCUGGCCCAAGGGCUUAAAAGUGUCUUUGCGUUAAAGAUUCGACUAGCCAUCGAUUCUGAGUUUUGGCAUAUAUAGGAUCACGUCAUGGAUUCUACAUGUGUCGCGAUAGUUGACAAAUGUAAUUAUAGUUGGCUAGGUAGCAUAAGAAGCUUUCUAGUUAUUAGGGAUAAUGGCUAUAGCUUCUUUCUACAGGCUGUUCUAUUUUACGCUACUUUAUUUGAAUGUCGGUGGCUUUGAUCCAGCAUGACAUGGCCGGCAUCUUACCUCGGUAGUAACCUUCCCAGGUCAAUAAUCUUUCUAAUAUUGGCGCCCAUCAUCAUAGU